CUGUAGAAGUUUGGCUCCGCCUUCUGUUGAAUACACAGAUCAGUUGGUCCGGUGCUGGUUGUACAGAGGCGCUGAGAGCCACACCUGAGCACUGGGAGACGCACCUGAGCACUGGGAGACGCACCUGAGCACUGAGAGCCACACCUGAGCACUGGGAGACGCACCUGAGAGCUGAGAGCAGCCAUGUGGAUGUACGCGUUUGCUCUGGUGGUCCUGUACUACGUGGUGCGUUGGUUCCGUGAGCUGGAGCGCGUCCCUGACCGGGGCAGUAAGUACGUCUACAUCACCGGAUGCGACUCCGGUUUCGGGAACCUUCUAGCACGCCAUCUGGACAAGUGCGGCUUCUGUGUGGUGGCAGCAUGCUUCACGGAGAAGGGCGAGGAGGAACUGAAGAAGUCCUGCUCAAGCCGAAUCUCAACGGUUCAUCUGGAUGUGACGAGGCAGGAGAGCAUGGACAAGGCUGCCAACUUUAUCAAGGAGCUCGUGGGGCAGAAAGGUCUAUGGGGCGUGGUCAAUAACGCCGGCGUCUCCGUUCCCGCGGCCCCCUGCGACUGGUUGACCCUGCAGGACUACAGGUCCAUGCUGGCCGUGAACCUGGACGGAGUGAUCGGCGUGACUCUGAGCGUCAUUCCCCUGAUUAAGAAAGCCAGGGGCCGUGUUGUGAACGUGGCCAGCGUGUUCGGCAGGAUCAGUCCCGUAGGAGGUCCCUACACUGUCUCCAAAUACGGCGUGGAAGCUUUUAACGACAGCCUCAGGAUCUCUAUGAAGCCGUUCGGAGUGAAGGUCCUGUGUAUCGAGCCAGGAUUCUUCAAGACCAACGUGACGGACUCGGACAUAUUGAUCAAAAGUGUUAAGACGCUUUGGGAAAAAUUGCCCAAGGAGACAAAAGCGGAUUAUGGAGACGACUACGUCAGCAAAGUGGAAAUAACGUUGAAAGAGAAGAUUUCCAAGAUGUCAGACAAAGACCUGAUGAAGGUGGUGAGCUGUAUGGAGCACGCCAUCUCGGCCGUGCGUCCUCGUACCCGCUACUCCCCGGGCUGGGACGCGAAGCUCUUCUGGCUGCCGCUGUCCUACGCCCCCACGUGGCUCUCUGACUACCUGAUGCUGAAGGACAUCGUCAGACCUGAAAGAGCAGUGGCUUAGACCGGUGCUGUGCACAGCAGUGAAGUCCGAUCUAUAGAUAAUAACACGUGUGUGUCGUUUUGGAGGAAUGAGUUGCCAGUGUCCCUCGGACAUGCACAUCUUUAUCACCUUUAUUAAGCAGAAUAAGAAAAAUAAACAUACUUUUUGAUGGGAAAAAAAA